AUUUCAGUUUUGUUCGACGAUUUAAGUGAUUAAUAAUUCGUAGAUUGUUAGAAAAUAAACUUGAUAUGUUUGUUUGAUUAAUAACGAGAAAAUAAGAAGAAAACUGUAGUCAAAAAUAUAUUUACGUGCCUGUCGACUUAAUAACCGUGUGUGGUACCACGUUACAACAUUCUUGGUACAAAAUUUAUCCAUCUAUUGUGCGUGAAUCGUUUGCAAGUUCGAAACAAAAGAAACGACGAGGAUUUUACAAUUGUGACGAAAGGAAGUAUCUACAGUUUGUAAUGAGAAGGAUUUGGACGGACAAAGAGCGUAGUUCCUGUGAAUCUUCUUGAUAUUGAUUAUGUAAUAAUUUAAUUGGAAUUGAAUUUUUUAAUAUAUAUUUAUAUAAAUAUCUUAUUCGUUUGUAACUAGAAAAGAAGCUAGCGAAAAGAGAUUUGUAUUCCGUGCAAAGGGAUUGAAAAGCGCGCAGAGACAUUAUGGAGCUAAUUUAGAAAGGAAGAAAAAAAGAGGAGGGAAAGGUCGUGGAUAGAACGGGAUGAUUCGUUACGCGGGCGAGGUAAAAAAGAGAAAUGAAAGCGAAGAAAGAGGAGGCAGAGAUGGGUGAGAGGGGUGACAAGAGAGAAGAUACGACGAGGACCAAGAGAUCGCGGAAUGGAACAAGAGUGGAGUAAUCAAUACGCAUUCACACGCGGUGGCUAGCAUCCCGUUUCCAUGGUAACCGACGCUGGCGCAUGCGCAACCUGACCAACGUCAUACUGUUAUAGAAAUUUACUUAUCGUCAGAGACAAGUCCGUCCGUGUACGGCGCGGAACCACCAAUCGACGAGCUUCGACUCGUUUCAAAUCCCUUCCACGAUAUUCCACGUGCAUACAUGUGCAUCAACAUUGCGUUUUAAACCUACUGCAAAUCGAGAUGCAAUCCGGAUCCAAUUCUAUUUUCCAGCGUUACAACAAUAAUCAGCGUUCGUUACAACGUGCACAGUAUUUCGAAGAGAACGCUCAACACCGUGAAUGAAAUUCUAUCAUUUGUCCCUUCGACGACGUAAGAGCGAAAAGCAAUAUAUUCGUUCCUCUUGGAUCGAAAUAAAGUUAAUCGUGUACGAUUGUUCCCACGAUGAUAGUCAUGCUGAUGUAUCGUUGUCACUAGUAGGGGUACAGUAAAACGUUUGACUCUCGGAUGUUCACCCCCCUCUGGCCAAGUCAGAGGGGAUGGAAGCUGUGGAGUUUGCGGGAAACAGGGGGUGAUUUUCCUUCAGGCGCCUGCGUCGAGUCCUCGAUGACGACUCGUCGAGGUAGGUGCUCGACCCGGACGCAGUACGGAAGAAACGUCGAGCACGCAGAGUGCCGUCCUCGUGACACAUCUUACUCUUUUUUUCUUUCCCCCUUUCGAUCCAUGGCAACAAGAAAACGUGGGAAAGCUUGCCCGGUGAAUUGUCGAAUUAUCGAGAAGAAUUGUCGAACAUUGUUCGGUGAGCCUAUAAUUGGACGACGAUAACAAUAAUUACGCGAUAUCCCCAGUUUUCUGUCGUUGCAGUGACCGUAAAUGACGAGGACAGUUGAUAUCAUAGUCGAGGAUUAUCAUAUGGCUCGAUGUCGCGGCAAAAUAAAAUUAACGUGCAAUUUUUGAACGAUUUCGAACGAUACAAGUGAUAUUUCAUCGGAACAUUUUUUUGUCAACAUUCAUUGCAAAUAUAUAUAUAUAUAUCUCGUGUAGUGAAUAAGUAUGGUCAAUAUGUCGCGGUGAGGCAAUUUGAAGGAUGAGCCUGGAUGAGGUUUCGUCUAUGGUGUGUCUAUGUUAAAAAGAUAUCAGGGAACAAUCAAACACUCGAUCUGUCGAUCGUUCUUACUUACUGCCACCAACAGAAAACAACAGGUUGAAUUAGUGAUAUAUCGAUAUCAAGUAAAUAUCAAGAUAUAUCGAGAGAUUUCACAUUUCGCAUCGUGUAAACCAUUUCUCGGGCCACGUCAUCUCGCACAUUCGAACAUCUGCCAAUUAGACGAUGUAUUUCCGGCAAAUCGCCAAGGUUAAUCGCCGAUAAGCAUCCCGAGAUGUUCUUACCACCAUAAAGACAGGCUUAGUCGCAUUUAAUCGGUUGCAUGUGGGUCACAAGUUGCAUUCGCCAAACCUAACCGGAUAGAAGGUUUACCGAGUAGAGAGGAGGAAAAUGUGGAGCUCGGUUACCGCGGCCGGCACUGAGAACGGGCCCGCACCACCUUCCAGAAGCAAGCACAGCGCCACUUUACUCUCCGGCCACGUAUAUCUCCUCGGAGGACGAAACGGCAACCUUCCCCUCAAAGAUCUUUGGCGAUACAGCCUCGCCGACAGUAAAUGGGAGGAAUUGCAUCCUGGGGGGGAAAGGCCGCCGGCACUUCAGGAGCACAGCGCGGUCGCUUACAAGGAUUGCCUUUAUAUCUUUGGGGGUGAGCUCGGAUUUUCCGCGGGCACGGAAACGCCGCUUUGGGUCUACAAUGUCAAGAGCAACGUGUGGAGGAAGGUGAGGGCGCAACGAGGUUGCGCCGUUCCAAGAGGUCGAAGAGGUCACACCGCUUUGGUUCAUCGCGGCCAGAUGCUCAUUUACGGUGGUUACCAGGAUUUGCGUGGCAGCUCUCCGGAAUUAUGGGCAUUUCAUUUCGAGACAGAAUCGUGGCAUCUUCUGUCCUCGAGCGAGAGUGGGCCAGCGGCGAGGCACAAACACUCGGCCGUGUUGCACGGCGACGCUAUGUACAUUUACGGCGGUAUGACCGAUCUUCAAGAGAGAAGCGAUUGCUGGAGAUGGGACGUGAAUACUGCCUCUUGGUGCCUGUUAAGGAACAAACCGGGACCGGGCCCCCUUCACGGCCACGCGGCCUGCAGGCUCCCCAGUUGUAUGCUAAUUUUUGGCGGGGAAAGCGGUGGCUUGGCCACGAACGAACUCUGGAGGUUUCAUUUCGGUACGGAAACGUGGGAAAAAUUAUCAGUGCCAGGUCCCAAACCCCAACCAAGAGCGGAGAGCGUCGCGUUAGCGGUUUCCGAACUGUUGAUUCGAGGGACCAAUAUCGAUAAUUCGAAGCCGAAACCGAAGAAUCAAAGGACGAGGCUGUGCAACAACAGGAUAUCGCCCAAUGAAGCGCCAGCCAGGCCGAGCUUUCUCAAGGAGAUUUCUAAAUUAUCACAAAUUAAUCUUUCACGGUUGAGCCAUCCAACCAAGUGCAGCUAUUCCGUUUUAAGUGGGCAGGACGAUAACGAGGAAAGUCCCCAAGAGGCGAAUACGUAUUAUCCGUUUCAGCAAGUGGACUCGGAAGUUUGCGAGCCAUCGACGGGGAUGGUGAAGUCGCGAAGCGCCAACACGUUGGCCCGUCGAAGGCAAAAACCUGCGGAAACUGCGUCGAAAAACGCGGAGGCUAGUUGCAACAAUCCGACCAACAACUCUGGAAUGACCAGAGAUCCUAUCUCGGUGCCGAAUUUCCGCGCGUUGACACUACCCACCCCCGUUCUCACGCCUGUGGAAGCAGCAAGGCUCGUGUUCGUCGACCUGGACGAGAAUAGCGACAACGAAGAACGAACGGAACCUCCUACCUCCAGGCUGAUAGAGGUGCAGGAGGAGAAACGAGAUUUCGCGGCCGUGCACCAAGCUUGCCAACCGACGCGGGGCGAGAGUUACAGCUCUCACCUUUACGAGGCCGCGCUUCAAACGCCAAAAACGCCAACCACCUCGAAAAUUCCCACCUCGGCUUCGGUUCGAUUCGCCGACUUGGAAGAGGGUGAGGAGUCGACGUCAGAUUACGCGAGCAUAGAGGCCAGAAGUCCUGGGGAUCCCCUCGCGGACGACGAUUGGCCGUCGGGUCGAAAGAGCAAACAGUACCGUCCCAUGGUCACGCCGUCGACGAUACGCGAGGGCCAAUUCGGCUUUUGCAAUCCGAAUUAUCUUGGACUGGACGAGACGAAGAAUCAUCAUUACCAUCAUCAUCACCACCAUCAGCAGCAGCAGCAACAGCAGCAGCAACAGCAGCAGCAGCAGCAGCAGCAGCAACCUCAAGAUGGGAAGUACGCGAAAUUAUUGAACAGCCCACCGGACAGUGUUUUAGAGGACGAACCAGGAAGAUCUGCCUCGCAGACAUUCGCGGAACUGUUGGAGCUUCAAGAAAUCAAAAGAGUGCCGAGGGCACCGCCUAAAAGUUUACCGUUAGGUUCUCCGUCUAGAAGAGCAGUCAGUGCGUCGAGGGCCGAAAGGCAAAGGGCGAAGGUCGCCGCGAUUGAAGAGUCCGAGACGCCUUCGUACGGACCAGCGCCUCUUUACGUGUUUUUAGUUGGAGGGAAGGAGAAGGGCCAGGUCACGGUGUUCGCGAGGCCCGUUUCAUUGUGGAAAUUGCAAUUAGCGCCACACAUCUUUUAAAGAAACAAAAAUAUGAUAAAUUUCCUCGAGUCGAGUCCUCGAGUCAAUCGAAGAAAGAUUUUUCCUCAGAAAGACUUCCUCCCGAUUUUGUGUUUUAAAAUAUUAAGAAGAAGAAGAAGAAGAAGAAGAAGAAGAAGAAAAAGAAAAAAAGGCGACCGAUAAAUGCACUUUUCUUAAUUGCCAAAUGUUAUAUCAUUGCAAUUAAUCAUGUUUAGCUCGUAGAAAGAGGGCUUUUCUAGUUUUCUAUAUUGAUAUAUUUAUUGUUGAAUACAACGUUUGUUCAGGUAAUACGCACUUUACUUCAAAAGUCUUGUCAAGUCCAUUUUCUAGUCAUUUUUUUAUAAAUAGUAUUCAACUCUUUUAAGUAUUCGAUAUUAUAUUAUAUCGGAAAGUAUAUAAUUAAUAUACAGUGCAAUAUGUGAAAUGUGAUUAGAAUGUAAGUAAUUACUUAC